AAACGAAUACAAAUAUUAUAUAAUGUAAACGAACUGUUACGUAAUGUUACAUACUAUAUUUGAUAAUUUAAACUUUUUUUAAGAUACAAUAAAUAAAAUAAAAUAUAUAUACAUAUAUAAGAAAAGACAACGACAAAAAAGUUAUAUGUUAGGGAUGAGUAAAAAUUACAUGUUCGCUUGGCUGCGUAUCUGUUAUUACCAAGUAAAACUAUUCUAUGUUAAAAGUAUGUGUGCAAGCCUAUUGUUGGAAACUGAAACAAAAUACAAGACCGAAUCCACCGAGCAAGAUUCUUCGGAACAUUUUGACCCUUAUCUCUGCUCUUUAAGUCCAGCACUGAAAAUUAUCGCUAAAGAAGAACUCCAUGAAGAUGAUAACAUACGCUGCCAGGCACUGCAGCAAUUACGUGAAUGGAUAACGAAGCACCCGCGUAUAAAAAAAUGUCGCACAGAUUCUGUUUUCCUCUUACGAUUUUUGCGGACAAAAAAGUUUUCCGUUCCCGAUGCGUGUGAAAUGCUUGAACGUUAUUUAACUAUACGUCAAUUAUUCCCACAAUGGUUUUCUAAACUAGAUAUUUUGGAUCCAACUAUCAGCGAAAUUUUUGAUAACGGGUACCUAGUACCCCUGCCGCAAAGGGAUGAAGACGGAAGGCAAAUCAUACUGUCAGUGGCAAAAAAUUUUGAUCCAUAUAAGUACACCUCUGUUCAGAUGGCGCGUGUGCAUUCACUGGUCUGUGAAGGUUUGUUAGAUGAUGAAGAGUCGCAAGUAGCUGGUUAUGUAUAUAUUAAUGAUGAGAGUGGAAUAAAUAUGGGAUUUGCUAGUCUUUGGUCUCUUUCAGAUUUAAGAAAUAUGAUCAAAUGUAUACAAAACUCUACUCCAAUGCGUCAUAAAGCAACACAUUUUGUUAACAUUCCGCACUUCGCGAAUCGUAUUAUAGAAUUAGGAGUGUCGUUACUUAGCGAAAAACUAAAAGGCCGUAUAGCUAUUCACAAGUCGCUGGAUGCGUUGAAAGAGAAAGUGAAACCUGAAAUUCUUCCUCAAGAAUAUGGCGGUAGCAUUCCCAUGGCAGACAUUAUAAAGGACUUUAAAUUUAAACUCUUACAAAAACGAGCAUCAAUAUUAUCCCUUGACGAAAUGUGCAUUGAAUUGACUAAAGACUGCAACAGCUCAUCUAUAAAAAGUGUUAGUGAUAUUGAUGGUGGAGUUAUAGGAAGUUUCAGAAAGCUAGAGGUCGAUUGAACAAUAAAGCUUUCAAUGCUAUUAAUUAGAGACCACAAAUUAAUUUGAUACCAUUUUAUGAUAAGUACAAUUAUUUUCAUAGUCAAUAAAUACAAAAAAAUUAUGUUGUGUAUAAAAGUAA